UACUGGAAUUCUCUACCGGAACACGUAAUAUUAUCACCUUCUGUUGAUAUAUUAUAAAUGAGACUGGACCUCCACAGUGUUACAAAAUGCAAGGGUUAAUAUAGGUUGAUAGACCUCCUAUCCUUAAUACUGAGGACUGAAAGUUGCGGCUAUUGUAAAAUGAAGGUCAAAUCGAAAAAGAAAAGUGUGAAGAAUGAGGAAGAAAACGAGGAAAUGUAUGUCAGAUUAGGAGAUGUACCUCUGGACAUAUUACGGUAUAAUAUAUCGAUGCAAUCAGGAGUGGAACGAAAGGAAACUCGCAAAUCCCUACUUCUCAAAAUGGGCGCUAAGAAACCGAAAAACCCAUACAUUAAUUACAAAGAACUCAUGCAGAAUAAGGCAAAGGCUAAGGCUGAGGCUGAAGCGUUUGCUUUCGAUGUAAGUCUUACUAAUUCGGUACUGAGUAUGCGGUAAUUGUAAUAGCGCAGUGCUAGUUUCGUCAACAAAAAGCUCCCUUUAAAGCAGGCAAAAAAGAAACGGAAAAACCAACAGAAAGACAGACCAAGAAAAAAAGUAUCCAAGCCACGGAAGCAUCGCUAACACCUGGUAUUAUGUAAACGUAUUUCAAUCAUCAGAUUUGUAUAUAGUCUUAUCGAAAAUUCGCUCUUUGGAAGGCCUAAAUAAAUGCUUCUCGGUAGUGUUUAGAGUUUUUGAGCCAUUCAGUUCGGGAUCCCAAGUUUCACAAUAAACCUUUCUGCACCCUCGUAACAUGACUGUUUCUAAUGUUAGGUUUUAUUUGGAUUUUUAGCUGGCUAAAACCUACUAUAGACUUACUGUGGUCACAUGGUAUUGGCACAACCCGUAAAUAGAAGUAUAGGCUUUUAGUCCUGGAAUACCUCCAUUACUGGUAUAUACAUCUUAUAACUUGCUUUUUUUUUACAUGAACUUGACUAGUUUCUCCAUUAGCGCCAGAGCUCACUUUUGCCAAGUUUUAUCUUCAUAGUUACAUCGCAUUAUGUCUGGAAGCUGCUAUUGCUUGAACCGUUUUUUAAAAAAAAACGAAGCAUUACAGUUGCUCUUAAUAGUUUUAUCAAGCGUUUUUGCGUUCGGGUGUAUAUCAUAUAAAUAACCUAUUUGUCCUACUUUGAAUCGCUAAUAUUCCUGAAGUUUUUUUAGUGUUCAUCGGUCCACGACGGUAAAACUGGUCAGUUUUUAGAAAAUCUAAUCUGUACCUGUGUGAGGUGGUUAAUUAGAUUUAAUGUACUGAUAUCACACGCUUGAAAGGGUGUACUAUGUCACCUGUUUUUUUUUGCCGUAAAGCCUACUGACGUAAUAAACCAAGUUAAUGCAGUAUAGAUUUACGGGUUGAGUACAGAUCAUAAGAAACAAGCUGGUAUGUAUUUCCCAUAAAUGAUGGUUAACUUGCUAUUGUGCUUACAAGAACGUCUUAGUGAUUUUCGCGAGAUACCUUGUCUGUUGAGACAUUCCAGUAUCUAUAUUGUAGUUUACAACCAAAUGUUUUUUUCUUCAGUCUAGUAUCGUAAAAGCGGUUCUAUUCAUUUUUAUAAAAUCCGUGGCUUAAAUUUAUGUUGUAGCUGUCAGGAUUCACUUGUCUUGCAUUAAUUAGGACGUAUAUUUUUUAAUUUGUGUGCUUUGUUGCCGAAAUUCCACAUCAAUUUUCUUGUUUAUUACAUUUUCACCAUUUGGGUGAGAACGAAACCACAUGGAAGUUCUAAGGUGGUAAAUAAAUAAAUAUAACACAUGGGAUGGAUUCUUCAAAUCCUUUUU